CCAGCCUCGUGGUGAUGAGUGGUGACUCUGGUGAGAUGGCUACCUAUGCUGCAUGUGAUGAUGUGAAUUGAGUGAAGUGUGAAGAAGUGGAGCAUGCGCCGAUGCGUUGGAGACGGAGCUAUCAAGGCGAUGGCGUCAGGGAGGAGAUGCCUUCGGGUAUCUACAAAUAGCGGGCGUCGUGCAAUGGGAUCCAAGGGCCGGGAACCGUGGAUGGGACGAGGGCCGACCGUGGAAGCCAGCAGGAACCUCGGGCCAAAACUACUAUGUAUGGUGCAUCCCGCAGGAGCAGAGGAGAGGAAGAAGUCAAUCUCGAUCGCACUUCGCACGUCGAACGGGAAGAUACUCGAACCUCUGCUCCUCUCCCCGACCCUCGUGUCUACGGAAAGGAAGAAGUCGACCUUCGCUUCGAGCAGGAUCCGUGUGCACACCACCACCACUACCACUGCUCCUGGUCCUGGUCCCGUCCUGGUCCUGUUCCUACCUUUGGUCCUAGUGCCGGUGCUGGUUCUGCCUUUGUUUCCUCUGCAGCGCCACCUCCCCGGUAUCCCGAAGUUGAGCUAGCGCGUGAACGGUUCCGUGAGCCCAAGGUCCGCUUCCAAGACCAACAGCCCACCUACGAUCAAGCUCUCCAGAACCAGCUUGAUCUCACUGAGCGCGAGUAUCGUCGUCGGGUUAACCCUACCUACGACGUCACUUCCUCGUACGAUCGCCGCUCCCAGGCUCCUGUAGACUCUUUCGCCGGCUCUCGCCAGCAGUCCCGGGACGUCUCGUACGACCGCACUCUUGAGACCAACAUCGACGUCUCGUACGACCGUGCUUACCAGUCUAAGCCCGUCGACUCGUACCGUCGUGACCCCUACAACCGCCGUCAACAAAGUGUUGAGCCGGUUCCCCCGCCUACCAGCAACGAGACCUCUGUUAAGGUCCUGAAGACCAAGACUGUGAUUGAUUCCCCUCCUUCUCGCAAGAUGGGCUAUUACGACGACGACGGUAACUAUCACUCCUUCCGUCGUGGUGUGGAGCGCGCUGCCGACCGCAUCAUGCACCCUUUCCACCACAAUAAUGGUCAGCAGAGCCGCCAGGAACUUGUCGUCGCUGACGAAGGCGGUCCAGUUCGUUUCCGUGAAGGUGUCCGUGAGGAUGUCCGCAUCGUUGAACCCCGUGCCGGUGGCAGCUCCACCACGGAGAGCGUGCCGAUCCCCUGCCACUUCAUCCGCAUCGGCGACAUCCUGAUCCUUCAGGGUCGUCCCUGCCAGGUGAUCCGCAUCUCCGUCUCCCCCCAGACCGGCCAGCAUCGCUACCUGGGUGUCGACCUUUUCACCCGUGAGCUACAGGAGGAGUCCAGCUUUGUCUCCAACCCCUCCCCCUCCGUCGUGGUCCAGACCAUGCUCGGCCCUGUCUACAAGACCUACCGCAUCCUGGACCUCCGCGAUGACGGCAGCCUUGUCGCCAUGACCGAGACUGGUGAUGUCAAGCAGGGCCUGCCCGUUGUGACCCAGGGCCACCUGUUCCGCCGCAUCCGCGAAGCUUUCGAGGAUGGUCGGGGCAGCGUGCGCGCUCUGGUCAUCAACGACGGCGGUCGCGAGCUGGUCGUCGACUACAAGGUGGUCCACGCUUCCCGCCUGUAAGCCCACCCGCCUUCCGGGUUGGGUUUAGCCCCCGUGGGUGACCCGCUGGCGUUGUGCCGUGGCACCCACCCGUGCUGCACGAACCACGGGUGCGCCCUGGGGUUACCGAGCAACUUCCGUGUGUUUUCUUUUCUGCGCCAGUGUGAACGAUCCUUAUGACCUGACCUG